AUGAGUUACGAUCCAAUUCAUGAUACUUAUACCCCCACAAAACCCGUAAAUGAAUCACAGCAAAAUCAAGCAUCACCAACUACUAGAUCAGAAAUACGGUCAGGUCCAUUAUCAAUAUCGAACUUAGUAUCUGAAGAUCAAAUUGACAACGACAAUCAACCUAAUUCAAUCGAUAAAUUGGAGCAUCCAAGUAGAAUUUCACCUCAAAUUACAAGAAUACAAAACGUCUCGAGUUUGAUUGAUGCGCCAACGCCACAACUUGAAGAUCAGGACAAUGAUGAAGACUAUGAUGAAACAGAUGUAAAUUCAACUGUGAUGGAUGACGAUGAUUAUAUAGCUCCGAAUGCUCCACAUCCAAAAAAGAAAUCGGCAACUAAGAAGAAAAAGAAAAACAGCAGCAUCACAAACUCGAAACUAUCUUUGAAAAAACAAGAUGGUGAACCAUUUUGGAGGAAAGAUAUACAAUAUGACUUGUUAACUGCGAUAUUUGACGAUGAUAAACCUGUAUUUACAAAUACCUUUGAAUAUUCAUCAGUCGAAGGUGCAAAUAAUAAUCCUAAAAUAACGUUUGCUGAAUUGUACAUAAGAUCCUUGGCUGAAUCCAACAAAAGUUCUAAAGUGUUGAAAGAAAAAUUAUUGAAAGAUAUUGAAUUGGCCAAAGCAGUAUGUAAAGUUUGUGUUUUGGUAAAUUCUGGAAGAAUGAACACUACAAUUAAUUUUGUUCAUGACAUGAAAUCAACUUUGAGAACGUUUCAUUCAAUUCCAUGUUUACAGACUGGUCCUGAAGGGGGUACUACUAAACAACUACAAGAUACUCCAAGGUUAAAGUCAAUAAUUAAAGCAGUCUCUGAUGCUGACAAGAAAUUUGGUCAACUUUCAGAUUUAAUUGAGAACUCAUCAACUGUUAAACCAAAUACCAAUGUUGUACAGCUACUAUUUUUACUAGGCAAUGCUAAUAACGGGAUACCAUUUUUAGAAGACCCAUCGAUUCACUUGUUGGAUUUUUUUGUUAACACCAGUUUAAGUCCGACAAGUAGAGCUCAAAGAUUUUUGUGGUUAAUUUACACUUAUCUUGAAACAAAUUUCACUGAGGAGGAAAUGUCUCAAAAUCCUUAUGGUGGUGCAACUAUACCUCCAGCUGUAAGCAUCACUGAGCAAGAAGAAGCGACUUUUGAUAUUAAUCCUCAAUAUGAAAUUGAUUACGCAACUGAAAUGUAUCAAGCAAGAAUGCAAUAUUUGAGCGAAGAUCAUACAAAUGACACUGGGCAUAGAUCUCACAAAGAAUUGUCCAAACUGAGUGCAAGCAAGAAAAGGGAACAUGAAGAUGGUCAAGGAAACGAAAAGAAAUCUGACAAGUCUCAACCAAGUAAAAAAAAAUCAAAAACAGCAACUACAGAGCAAGAGCAACUAGAAUCAUCAACAACCACAUUGGCUUUGUCCACUUCCAAGGACGAAAUCUUGAACUUGAGUCUGUAUGGUUUUAAAACAAAUAAUAAUCCACAAUUCCCAUUGAAAGAUGUCAUAAAUAUUUCACAGUAUAAAACUCCAAAAUUUGUUCCUUCACAUCCAAAAGAAGAAGAGUCCAUAAGUUUCAGAUGUGAUUUGUUAGAGCAAUCCAACCCUAUGGUUCAAGAAGUUAGAACGUCAUCCAAAGCUAGUACUGCUUCAUUUAACAAGAAGAUCACGAUUUUAGGAAACUGGAUAUAUCGUUAUUUCAAAUAUAAAAAAUCAAUUGGAAAUAAAUUGGCUGGAUUGGAAUGGGAAGAUAUUAGAUAUGAUUUGAUGAAUGGGUAUGAGAGUUAUUUUUAUGAAAAUCUUGGUAAGUCUUUGAAUCUUGACAAAUUAUUAAUUAAAUCGGAAGAUUCUACUGAAGAAGAAAGCAAUGACAAGAAGAUCGACGAAUCUGUCUCAUCUUUGAAUGAAAAUGAUGUUCUUUUCAAUUAUUUAUCUAUGGGAGAUUACGAUAGAAUUAAUGAAAAGCAUUCUUUUUUACUUCAAAUGAUAAAUUUUGCAAAUGAAUAUUUCAUGAGUAAAUUAGAAUCAAAUUUGGAUGAUGGUAAGAAUAUAAUUCCCAGAAGCAAUAUUUCAUUUGACUUGAAUAAUGAAACAAUGAAAAUUUGA